AUGGCCCGGCAAAAAGCUCAUGAUCCCCCACCCCGGACAAGUUCACGAAAGGGUGUCUUCUACUACAACUACAGCCACCAGUCUACAGGCAACGGUCAAAUCCCCAGCGUUGCCGCCCAGGAAAAGCCUGUCCUGCGUGGGUCGGACCUGGUGAACCUCGGAGAGACUGACUUUCAGCAAACCCAUCAGCAGUUUCGAACGCCCAAGGGCAAGGGUCUGGGCAUCAUCAACAAGUUUUACAAGCCGCAAGUACGCCCGCCGUUGGAAACUUUCGCUCUUCCACCGACUCCGGAUGAACUAAGCCCCGACGAAACGACCCUUCCAUCCAUUCCUCCCCCUCUCGAGACGCCAACACAGCCGCGAGGUCGAACGAUCACCCGCAACAACUCGACCUGGCGUCCAACUUCAGCCGUCUACUCUCACAACCCCCUCGUCACCGCCGACUUCGCAAACCUGGCGACCUACAACUAUUACGGAGCCGGCGCCGAGGGCAUCUCGCCGCCGAGCUCGCCUGAUAUUGGCACUUCUGGACAAGGACGCGAUGUCUCCCCAAUCGAUGAGCUCCCCGACAAGUCGGGCUUUGACCAGCAGCCUACGAGACAAGCCUCGACAUCCCAGCCUAAGAGCAACAUUCCCAUGAUGCGACGCCAGCGUCGACAGACUCAAGAGGCCGCUGCUGCCACUUUGAGGGAGACGAAAUCUAGGGAGCGCUUGCGAGACCGUAGCCAACAGCAGCAGGGCGUCUCAUCCGAUGCCGCCGCAGCCUACCCGGGAGGACCCAGCACCCAAACCGCCACGGGAAGGCAGGUAUUUAAGAUGGCGAAGGGUCGUGAGAUGAAGUGGGAUGCUAUGACUGGGGAACCAACUUUGGGCCCCAAGGGCUACUCGGCUCAGGUCAAACCCGCGGAAUACGCCCAAGAGUUCGGAACCCACAGCAACCCCGCUUCGAGCGCGUUGUCGAGAUUACGAAGUGCCCAGAACAAUUUUAGCGACAAGGUUAGGAGAAUACGAGGCGGCGAGUCGACCGGCCCUUCUUCUCCUUCAGGAAUCCCCACGAGAUCUGCGCCUCUCAGCCCCGAGCCUGAACCGCGUGUGCCAGAGCGGUCGCCGACAGCACCACCAGUCCAGGUAUCAGCAACAGCACGACCGCCCCGGAAUUCGAGCCUUACUGCACGGCCUGAGUGGAAGGGUGGCAGCGGCCGAGUCGCGCUUGUCGACCCUGUUCACGACACUCCACAAGACCCGCCUCUGCACAUUCCUCGGAAGAGCAGCAAACGCUCGCCAAAUGUAAGCCGAGGUGCGCGUGGUGGUCCUGGCGGCCCACUGUCGCUUUCACCUGUGAGCCCCUCGGGAUCUGAAACAUCAUUGAGUCGACCAGAUGACCCCACCACCACCACAGCCACUAGAAAGCCUAUUCCCUCUCCCUUGGCAAGCCCAGACCCCAGCAUAUCGACUCGAGCCCCUGGGAAAGACUACCCAAGCCCACCCAAUUCGGGGUCUGCCAUUCCAGGAUCUUAUGCGACGGGUCCCUCGAGCCCAAUCCAGCCAGUAACCGGAUCCCUGCCAAAUUAUCGCUUGGACUCGGCUCCCGCCACUGCCGCCCCUGCCCCUAUCCCUUCUUCUACUAUUAAUAUCGAUGCGACAAAGGCAAUUCGUAGAAAGCCUGCGACAUCGACAACGGCGGCUCCGACAACCUCCUCGCCGCCAACGGCUAGCAAUGCAGGAACAACAGCGACGAAUCGUCCUCCAGCCCACCACAAUCCCCACUUUUCGACAGCAUCGUCUGUGUACUCUCAGUUCGACCCCGCGCCGAUAAAUUACUCCAACGUUACAACGAACGUUAGCAACAUCACCGUCACGACCCAUAGCCCCGCCUCGGGCCCCGCGACCCAGCCCGCGGCGACGGUCGCCGAGGAUAAUUGGGUUCAGCCUCCUUCUCGAUUCAGCGUCACCACAUAUGCGACGUCUGCGCACACCGGAUCGCCCAGUCUGUCAAUCGACGCCGAUCGUCCUCCUAUGCCGACGCCUCCCCAGGCCUUUUCCCAGCUGCAAACCACUUCCUCGUCACCCAGCCGAAAGGACAACGUCGUCAUCACCAUGAAUCAACCAUAUAUGUCGAGUCCCUACACGACCUCAUCGCCAGAUCGAGCCAAGGCAGCUAAGCCGAUGGGACCACGCGACGCCAUCCCCAACUAUGUGCGAUCGAAUACGUGGGGCGACUCUGGCUCUUCGGUGUUCGGCAACGAUGGACGUCCGGGCUCGGUCGCCUCGACUAGCAAGGCUCUCCCUCCCGCUCCGCCAGAGGCACGCCACGGCAAUGACCGAGUAGGCUACCUCAACGCUCGUCUCGAGUCGCUUGCGAACCGACGAAUCAACAUCAACAGGAGCAUCAAGAAAAUGACGGAGAUGAUGCCGACAGACAACCUCAUGGCGAGCGAUGCCGUGCUCAAGAAGCGCGAAAUCGAGAAGAUUAAGAUCGAGGGCCUCAAGCUCGAGCUUUCCGAAGUGCAGCGCGAGGAGUAUGAGCUGGGGUUGAAACUUCACAGGGCCUACAAACGUCAAGACCGCGAGGCGGAGUUUGAACCCACGACUCUCUGGGUUCGCAGGGCUGGCUCUUAG